UUGAAUUGGUAUACAGUGGGACUGGCGUGCAUUGGAGUAAUGCUGUAGACUUAUAACAUGGAGUGUAUAAUUCUAAUUGGAGAAAGGGAUUACAGAAAGAAGUUUCAUCCUCCAAGGGUUACUGCUGUGUGCUGUUGUAUUGUUUUCUUUGCUCUUUUACCGGUGAGUGAUGCCUGGAAGCAAAGUAAACCUCGCCUGAAGUUCUCAUACAAAGAUCUGCUGAUGAACGACAGUUGUAACCCAUUUCAAGGAUCAGCUGAGAGUUCAAGUUUCCAGUCUUUAUUAAUAGAUGAAGAAAGAGGGAAACUUCUGGUCGGUGCUAAAGAUCUGAUUUAUGUUUUGAAUCUGGAAAACUUGAACAAGGAACCCAAAAAGAUUUAUUGGCCUGCAGCUGAAGAGAGAGUGGAGCUUUGUAAACAGACCGGCAAGAAGGAAGCAGAAUGUGCAAAUUUCAUUCGAGUGCUGCACAACUUCAACAAGACACAUGUCUAUGCUUGUGGCACGGGAGCUUUCCACCCUGCGUGCGGAUACAUUGAACUCGGGCCCCCUGCACAGGAGCUUUCGUUGAAGUUUGACCUAAAAACCCUGGAAUCUGGAAAACUGAAAUGCCCUUAUGACCCCAACCAACCUUUCACAUCAGCUCUCAUUGAUGGAUAUCUCUUCGCUGGGACAUCAUCCGACUUCCUUGGGAGAGACACAGCUCUAUUUCGUUCCCCUAUACAUCAUCUGGAAAAUCAGCGUAUCCGCACUGAACACAAUAACUUGCUUUGGCUAAGUGAUGCCAAGUUUAUUGGGAUGUACCCAAUUUCUGAUACUUCCAAUGACGACGAUGAUAAAGUAUACAUAUUUUUAAGAGAGACAGCCGUGGAUGCAGCAGACUUCGAAAGAGCCAUUUACUCCAGAGUGGCCAGAGUUUGUAAGAAAGAUAUUGGAGGUCAGCGGAGUUUGAUCAACAAGUGGACUACCUUUCUGAAGGCUCGUCUAGUUUGUUCAGUCCCAGGGCCUGACGGUUAUCAGACUUACUUUGAUGAAUUGCAGGAUGUUUACCUGCUCAACACCAAUGACAAAUCACCUGUGUUUUAUGGGGUCUUCACAUCUUCCAGUUCUGUUUUCAGUGGCUCGGCUGUUUGUGCAUACAGCUUAGCUGACAUUCGUGCUGCAUUUAAUGGACCUUUCACACAUAAAGACAGUCCUGACCACCACUGGGUGGAAUACCAGGGGAAGAUUCCUUAUCCCAGACCUGGGACAUGUCCCAGUAAAACAUUUGACUCCACAAUUGAGUCUACCAAGGAUUUUUCAGAUGAUGUCAUCAGCUUCAUUAAGAAUCACCCAAUGAUGUACAAGGCUGUUUAUCCAAUAAACAAGAGGCCUGUUUUCAUUCAAGUAAACACUGGUUACAGAAUUACACAGCUUGUGGUUGACCGUGUCAAUGCAAAGGAUGGACAAUAUGCUGUUCUAUUUUUGGGCACAGAUGUGGGGUCAGUAAUAAAAGCUUUGAGUAUUACGAAGGAUAACUUGAAUGUAGAAGAAAUUGCUCUGGAAGAAUUGCAGGUGUUCGAGGAAUCAACUCCAAUAUUAACAAUGGAACUUUCUUCAAAGCAGAAGCAGAUUUAUAUUGGAUCGAAAGAUGGUCUAGUGCAGCUUGCUCUACAGAGAUGUGGUGCUUAUGGUGCAACCUGCUCGGAAUGCUGCCUUGCUAGAGAUCCCUACUGUGCAUGGAAUGGAACCUCAUGCUGCAAAUAUGUGCCAGCACUGAAAAGACAAACUAGACGUCAAGAUGUAAACACUGGAGACCCAAUAAUUCAAUGCUGGGAUCAAGAGGACUAUUCAGCAAAUGUGCUAACUGAGAAGAAGUUAAUUUUUGGAGUUCAGCACAAUUCCACGUUCCUGGAAUGCAGUCCAAGAUCACAGCAAACAUCAGUCAUUUGGUCUGUUCAACGAUCAUUGGAUGGCCAGCAGGAGGAGAUAAAAUAUGGUUCCAGAAUCAUCAAAACGAGGCUUGGGCUCCUCAUACGUCAUUUGCAGGAAGACGAUGCUGGGAUUUACUAUUGCAGAGCCGUGGAGAACACAUUCACACAAGUCAUCACUAAGUUUCACCUUAAGGUUAUUCUGAGUGACUUCAUGACAGCUCCGUCAAAAACAAGGCACAACGAUGGAAAGAGUAAAGACACUCGGAACAGGGCAAGGCUACGUUACAAGGAUUUUCUGCAACUUCUGAAUCAGCCGGGCAUCACUGUAAACGAAUAUUGCCAGCAAGUGUGGCGCUCUGGGAAACGCGGACAAAUGAGUAAAACAGCGGCAAAGUGGAAAAAAGCACCAGCAUUUAAGCGGUUUUAGAUAUUGGAAAAUAUCAGAUGAUCUGUGGUCCUUUCGAGUGAAGACACAGUAACAAAAGUUAUUCAUGGACUUGUUUCAGUUAUUAAUGCACAAUCUGGAAUACCGUGAAGUCUGAAUGAGUGUCAGUGGAAGAAAUGUUACCACACAAAUUCAAAAGUAUAGCAAGAGGUAUUAUACUUCAGUGUACUCUUGUUUGUUAAUUUAAAAACAUUUGCUUUAAAAGAAAACAUUACUCUGAAGUCAAUUUUAUAAUAUAGCCUUGGGAAUUCAAUUUUGAAGACUUCACAGAUAAGUCUGCAUAUAGUUGGAUCUUAUUGAGCCAACAUGUAAUGAAGUCCACUAACGUCAGAACCUAUUGUCGAAAACUCGAUUCCAUGUAGGUCCUGAUUAGCAUUUACAAUGUGUGACCUUCCAUAACGGGGUUGAUAGUGACAAAGGAGCUUCAUUUGCUCUGAUGAAGUGUCUCUGACUAAAACGUUGACUGUUUAUUCUUCUGCAUAGGUACUGCCCAACUUGCUGAGUUCCUCCUGCAUUUUGUGUGUGCUGUUCAUCGUUUGUGAAGAGUAGGUUAUUUGUGAUGGCACCUCAUGGAUUUUUCCUUCUCAACUGCACAGCUGCACUGAAGGUUACUAUUAAAUCUGCAUCGUUAAAACCAUGCUUGACAGCAGUCUCAUUAUUAAUAUCAGAGCAAUAAAUAGGCUAAUAUCUUCAUCCACUGGUUGAUCUAAAAGGUAGAAGAGACAAAAUAAAAUACUAAAAUUAUUAUUUUACUUUUACUUGUACCAUUGUAAUACCAUAAGAAUAGAGCCUCAGAAUAGAGGAGCAUCCUUUUAGAAUGGAGGUGAGGAGGAAUUUCUUCAGCCAGAGAAUGGUGAAUCUGUGGAAUUUGUUGCCACAGGCAACUGUGGACGCCAGGUCAUUGUGUAUAUUUAAGGCAGAGGUUGAUAGAUUCCUGAUUAGCCAGAGCAUGAAGUAAUCUGGGGAGAAUGCAGGAGAUUGGGGCUGAGAGAGAAAAUGGAUCAGCCAUGAUGAAAUGGUGGAGCAGACUUGAAGGGUCAAAUGGCCUAAUUCUGCUCCUGUAUCUUAUGGUCUUUUAAGAACAGGCAUGCUUUGUAUAACAGUUUCAAACCAUUAAGUGAUGAGAUAUACCUUCACUGAAUUUUAAAUAUUAUCCCGAACUAAUCUAUAUAGACAUAUUUUUUAAAAUUUCACAUAUGCACACUAGUCAAAAUUUUAAUCUCAGAUAGGGAGAGAAACUUCCAAUGUUUCCAAGAAAUUAUGAACAAUUACGUUACCCUUUUUCUCUGUCAAUUCUUGAAGAGUUUUGAACUUAAGGAUUUCAGUCUGCUGACUGAUGUAUGGACAGUUAUAGUAAACAUUCCAGAAAUGCUUAUAUUCAAUUUCCUGAUUGAAAAAGCUGUACAACUUUGUAUGAACAUGUGUUAAAUAGCUGCAUCUCUUCCAUUAAUCAAAUAUACUGGUGUGGUUCAGUGACUACAUUGCUAAUAUACAAGAUAUUCUCAACUGGGAAAGCUGUGACUAACAGGGUGCAAGGACUCCAGUUAUUCAGAAUGUAUGUCAAUGAUUUGGCUGAAGGGCAAAACAUCAGGUUUCUAUGGUUGUUGGAGGUGAGAUUACGAGUAUGAACGUUUCAAGAGCAUGCAGGCAAACUGAGUGAGAGGCAAAGAACAAGAAUGGAAUAAAAUGUAGAAAAAUGUGAGGUUAUCCACUUUGUUAAAUGAUGAAGGCUUGGGUAGUGUUGAUGUCCAAAGGAACCUAGAUGUGCUUGUACAGAAGUUACUGAAGACUUAUGUGAAGAUGUAGUCAGCGAUUCAAAGGGCAUGUUUUAUAUUAUCCUUUAUUACUAGGGGUUUGAAGACAGGAAUAGGAAAGACGUAUUGCAAUUGUGUAUGGUCUUGUUAAUACCACACCUCAAGUAUUGCGCACAGUUCUGAUCUCUUUAUAACGAUAAAAUGUUAAACACAAGAGAUUCUGUAGAUUCUGGAAAUCCAGAGCAACACAUUAACAAGCAACAAAAGAUAAUGUACCUGCUAUAGAGAGUGUGCAGCAAAGAUUUACGAGACAGGUUUCAUGGAUAGCGGGCUUGAUCUGUGUGGAGAAAUUGAGUAGAUGGGAACUGUAUUCUUCAAAGUUUAGAAAAAUGAGAGGCGAUCUCACCAAAACUAUCAAAACCCUUAAUGGUGCAGGGAGGAUGUCUCUGCUGGUUGAGGUAUCUAAGGGGUACAAUUUGAGAAUAAGAAGCAGGUGACUGCAGACUGAGAUGAAGAGAAACUUUCUCACUUAAAGGAUGGUGAACCUUUGGAAUUUUCUACCACACAAGCUGUGGAAAGCCAGUUGUUCUGUUCCUUCAGAAUAGAAACCUGUAGACUUCUGGAUAUGAAAGAAAUUGCGCAUAUUUAGGUGUUGUUGAAAAAUGUCCAGGAGCAGACACAAAGGGCCACCUGGUCUAUUCCUGCCCCUAUUUCCAAUGUUCUUACUGCUGCUGAUCCCUUGCAAUUGUUUCUCCACAGCACAAAUUGUGCUGGUUGGUUCAUACUAAUCCGUGGUUGCAUGUGAAAGGGCUUUGCAUCAUGUAAAAGAUCCUGCAUCCUGCAUCCUGCAACUUGUUAAAUGAGUAUUGUUUGUUUUUUGUUUCUCUCUUUGAGCACUAAUGUAAUUCAGUAUGAAGAGAGAAGCUGGCAGACCUCAUGCCUAGAGCUCUCAGCCAAAUAUAACUCACUGGUAAAAAACCACCACAAAGUUUCAAAACUAGAAACAAUUUAUUAAAUCAGCUCAUAAAUAUGCUUUGUGCAUUUUGUUUGUGUACUGCAUUAGGAGUGGUGAUUGGUUGAAUGCAAAGAGACCCCUUCCCUCCCAAAAGUGAUCUUUGUGAAUAGGUAUAAGAAUCGAUUCUGACUCUGACUGGGACACUGUUGCUCCAAAGAAAAAUACAUUGAGCUUUGGCUUGAAGUGAAAAUAACUAUCUUAUGAAAGUAAGUUUGAUUAGUUAAUACUAUUGCCUACUCAUAUCUUUAACUACCACAGUUGUUUUUGAGGAAACACUGAGAUAAUAAAAAUCCAUGCUUUAUCAUCAAUGAUUGAGUUUCAUAUACAGUUUUUCAAAAUAUAUUCUCUGAUCAAUCAUCAAUGCAUGGAUAUUUGUUAUAAAGUUCAUAAAAUGAUAUAAAAUGUUACUAAUUAGAAGUUAAAUGUCAGUGUAUUCACUUGACAAUAAUGCCAUUUUAUUACUAAUAAAUAAUGCAUUGCUUUAGCACUCUCAAUAAUGUAAUAAAAAUUGAAAGUUCCAAUCUUGUCAUUUAAUCAAAAUAUAAAUAUUUUAAUCAUAAAAAUGUAUAAUAUUUUAACAUGUUUUACUUCUAAAAGGGGCUGCUGGCCUGUGGUCCACGAACCCCCUUGCACAAUGAUAGGGGUGUAUGGCAUAAAAAGGGUUGCGAACCUCUUAAUGGUAACUAGAAAUCAUGAACAGAAACCAUGCUAGGUUUUCUUUCAGUGAGCCCAGGCUACAAAUAUAGAACCUCUACUACCAUGUGGACUGGGAGCAGCUAACUCCAACAGAGGAAGAACCAAACUUGUAACCUCUUUCCGUAGCUCUCCACAACUCAGUCUUAUGUUCAAUAAGCUAGAAUGCAAUCAGAGCUCUCCUUUUCUUGGAACUAUUCCAUGGGAUCCAUUGCACCAAUCCUGACAGAGAUUGGCAUUCUUCUGAGAAAUAGCAUUUAGACCAUGGUGCGUCAGCUCAUUUGCUCAAAUGAUGGACCUAAAGCAUUGACGUAAGAGAAAAUAAACACCAUCAACUCUGUACAUAGUACCAAAGUGGCUUGCUUUGUAAAUACUUUCCAAUUUAAGGUUGUAUUAUACAAGUUUGUUUUUAUCUUUUAUCAAUUUAACUUUAAUUUACCUUGGCAUAUUUGGAUUUCUUUUAAAUAAAUAUACGAUGGGCUGAAAUAUGAAUUACCUCAGAAGACAGAUCAUAAAUUGGUCUUCUAUAACAAUACAGAAUGCAACUUGGAUUAAUUGUAAAACUAAGAUCUUGUUUGCUGAUGUAACAUGGUAAUUACUGUUACAGACUUCCAUUACUGGAUGUGUAAUACGAACAUUACCUUUGAAACGAAUAUAUUUUCAUUGUUCACACAAUGUUUUCAACUGCUGAUAAUUUCAAAGCAUAUGAAUGCAGAUCUCAGCACCACAAUACAUUGACAAUUUACUAUUUUCAUGUAUUAAAAUUCUGAGAUUAAACUGUUUGAACUAGUUAUUUCUUAAAAUAAAUCUUGCAAU